CAGACCGGUGUCCGGUCCAACCGGGUCUAGUUGAGAGCAUCAAAUUCAAUUCCAAAUUUAUUUGCCCUCUUUGUUCAGUCGCAGUUCUCCUUCUCCGGCAACUGCAGAGCAGAAGCUUGAUACAGGUUCCGACACAGUGCUGUAACUAUGGUGGAAACACUUUUUGAAGAUAUAUUUCGAGUUGACGAGCUAGACCCCGAUGGCAAAAAGUUUGAUAGGGUGUCUCGAAUUUCUGCCAGGAGCGAGCAGUUUGACAUGCUCAUGUUUCUUGAUAUCAACACCGAGAUAUAUCCUAUGCGUACUGGAGACAAGUUCAUGAUGGUAUUAGCAUCUACGUUGAACUUGGAUGGGACACCCGACAGUGGUUAUUUCGCACCGGGUAACAAGAAAUCACUUGCAGACAAGUUCGACUACGUCAUGCAAGGAAAGCUGUACAGAAUCUCGGAGGAAUCCAGAGAGAAACAAGUCAAAGCGGACAUAUUCGUAUCGUUCGGUGGGCUUCUGAUGCAGCUUAAGGGAGACCCGUCGAUUGCAGCUAGGUUUGAGCUCGACCAGAAGCUGUUCAUUCUCAUAAGGAAGGUCUGAAGUGCAAAUGCUGUCUGUACCUUAACAAAUAUAUCUAUUACCUUUGCUUUGCUACUUAUAUUCGGUGACUUUUUAUUACUAAAACGACAUCAUCUUCAUGGUCGUAACCCUAAGAACGAAUCGUGUAAAUUCUAUCUUUGGAGAGCACAAUACGAUGAAAGUUGUAAGUCGUGUUCGGGGGAGUCGUGAUAUAAACUUUUUACCAGUUUUUCUGCCUUAA